UAUUAUCCUAAAAAAUUGUAUCAUUUGAUUUGUGUUAUCUGUUAAACCUUAAUAAUAAUUAUUAAUUACUUUCUGACCCAAACAAUUAAUUUUAGAUCAGUCAGUCGUCUCUUAUUUAAAAAAAAAACGUAUCUUGUAUCAAGGGUUAGGAUAUUGUUUAUAAUAUCCAUCGAGAGUCGAUUCGAUAAUCGAUUCAUUCGUCGAAGAGAAUCGCAGUUUUUAAAUUCAAAUAAUCAUAGCGAACCAUAGGAAAUCUUUAGCGGAAUUUUAUUGAGCUCAAUUUUACAAAAACUUUGAAAUGUUGAGGAAUACAAUUGCCACGUUAACGUGUCCUCCUAGAAAUCGAGUGACUCUUUUAUUCGGUGGAUUGUUAGGCGUCGAAUUACUUUGGCAAAUAUACAAGAGGACUGUUAAUGUUAAAAAUGAAAAAUCAAAACCUAUCGAUGAGGUGCUAUUUUUUUCCGAAGAAUCAUCCGGCUGUCGAUUGCAUGCGCAUUCUCAAAUACCGUGCGAUCGAUCGAGUUGCUCGAUAAGAAACCUCAGAAAGUUAUUGGGGUGUAUAGAAUCUGCCGAGGAGACCCUUUGCAUCUGCAUUUACAUGGUCACCUGCGACGACAUCGCGAAAGCAAUAUUAAGGGUAUUUUCUCGUGGUGUGAAUGUAAAGAUUAUCGCUGACUAUGGAAUGUCGGAUAAUGUUGCCUGCGAUAAAAAAAUACGAGAUUUCAGAUCAAAAGGUAUUCGCGUCCGAAUAAAGAAGUCCGCAUACCUCAUGCACCAUAAAUUCGCCAUAAUUGAUGGCAAAAUUUUAUUGACUGGCAGUACAAAUUGGACGAAGCAGGCGUUGUACGGGAACUGGGAUAACGUGAUUAUCACAAAUCACGAGGCGAUCGUAGCACCAUUCGUUAAAGAAUUCGACAGAAUGUGGCUUCAGCUAACAAAGGAUGAAGACUAAACCCCCGUAUCUAUAAGACUGGACUAUACUGUAACAAAAUAGACGAAAGUUUUCAACGAACUUGAACUCAAUCGAAAUAAACGAAUGACAAUUUUCAUU